UAAUUAUCUGUAUUUGCUUCAAUGGGUCACUGAAGCCCAGUGCUGCAGUUUUAGGGGGAAGGCAGCCCAAAGAGAUUGUUAGUCUAUUCUAGGAGGAUAUCCAAACAUACUUACAGCCUCACUAAAACCAAUAUUUAUAAAGUAAUUCACAUGCAGUAAUAUGUACCAUUAUUGUUUCAAAUGGACACUUCCUGCUCUUCCUCCUUUAUUUUGGUAAAUUACACAUAUGUUACAUUGCUGACUAUGUCAAUAUCAGGAAUUUGGAAGUUUUUGCGCUUUUUACCUGAAGGUGGCGUACUUUCUACCCAAACAAGAAAAUGUUACUAAAAGGAUUAAAUAUUUCUCUCUAUUCUUUAAGUAGGCUAUUGAAUUUGGCUUGAGAGACUGUGACUUCUGCAGAAGGGGUGUUUCCUUUGAGUAUUUUUUAUUUAAAAAAAAUGUGUUGAGAUCGCGUCCUCCUCGACAGAAUAAUAAGCCCAGACUGAGUUUGCUUCGGGGGAAAGCAGCGCCUGUCUGCAGAGGAGCCUCACGCCACAUCACUGACUCCCCGAGAGGCAGAGCAGCUGGUCUCCGUCAUGGCUAAAGAAGGAGCGGACAUGACAGAGGAAACCGAGUGCAUGAUAGACAAAAACUCCGCCAAAGAUGCGGGGAACGUGCAAGCGCCCGGCGGUGGCAAAGAGAUGCGGGCGGUGAUGCUGGCAGGGUUUGGAGGUCUCAACAAACUCCGGGUGACCAAGAAGGCAAUGCCCGAGCCUCAGGAUGGAGAAGUAAAGAUCCGCGUCAAAGCCUGUGGCCUGAAUUUCCUGGAUUUGAUGGUACGUCAGGGGAAUAUUGAUAAUCCCCCCAAACCCCCUCUGGUUCCUGGAUUCGAGUGCUGUGGAAUAGUUGAGUCAGUGGGCGAAAAGACAAAGGGAUUUGAGAUAGGAGACAGAGUUAUGGCUUUUGUGAAUUAUAAUGCCUGGGCUGAGGUGGUUUGCACGCCGGUGGAUUUUGUCUACAAGAUGCCGGAUGAAAUGACUUUUCCGGAGGCAGCAGCUUUCUCCCUGAACUUUGUGGCCGCUUAUAUGAUGCUAUUUGAGGUUGCCAAUCUGCGAGAAGGGAUGUCAGUGUUGGUCCACUCGGCAGGAGGUGGAGUAGGUCAGGCUGUGGCUCAGCUGUGUGCCACUGUACCUAAAGUAAGUGUUUUUGGGAUCGCAUCUUGCUUCAAGCACUCAGCCAUCAAAGACUCUGUGACUCACCUUUUCGAUAGAAAUAUUGACUUUAUGCAAGAAGUCAAGAAGAUUUCUCCCGAUGGUGUUGAUAUUGUGCUGGACUGCCUGUCUGGAGAGAAUACUGGCAAAUGUCUGAGUCUGCUAAAACCACUGGGAACUUACAUUCUAUAUGGCGCAUCAAACACUGUAACUGGGGAAACAAAGAGUUUCUUCAGCUUUGCAAAAUCCUGGUGGCAGGUGGAGAAGGUGAAUCCAAUUAAACUUUAUGAGGAAAACAAAGUUAUUGCUGGAUUCUCGCUUCUCAACCUCCUCUUCAAACAAGGAAGAUGUAGUCUUGUGAAAAAGGUGAUGGACAAACUCCUGUGUCUUUAUACUCAGAAGAAGAUCAGGCCUGUAGUGGACUCACUGUGGGCUUUGGAGGAGGUAAAAGAGGCCAUGCAAAGAAUUCAUGACAGAGGAAAUAUUGGAAAACUCAUCCUGGAUGUGGAAAAGUCUCCCACUCCCCUGAUGGCCAGUGACAGCACUGAGACCAGUGAGGCAGGAGAAGAGGAAGAGGAACCAGAGGGAGAUAACGACAGCAAGGAGCGAAUGCCUUUCAUCCAUUAGAUUGAACAAACAUGCCUGAAAGACUCAGAGGACCACAGCCCCCCCACCCCUAAAAAGUGUGUGUAUUUGUCUGCAUGUGCUGCAUGCAUUAGUAGAUGUGCAGCACAAAUUAGUGCCUGUUUGUCUAUGUGCCUGUCAAAUGGUCGUUCAAGCAAAGGGUAGAGGAAGAGUAGCAACCUGUUUGUUGCUGAUAAAGUCCGUUAAAGAUUGAUUCUGAAGUCAGUUUUACAGUCUCUGCUGUACAAAGAUGCUGUGUGAAUAUGUUUGCAUUGUAGUGUUUACUGCAUUAGCAAAUAGUUUUCUUGGAGCAAUCCCAGAUGGAAAAGCAGAAAAUGCAUCAGAAGUUAUCCGUUUGCUAAUUUCCUGGUAAAAUGCACACAAGUUUUUGGAUGAAGCAAAUCAAAAUUCAGCUUUCAAAUCGCUCAAUUGGUAACAGUUUGAUAGUUGUAGCAAACAUUUGAAAAAGGUUGAGGAAACAGCUCCAGUGCCUUAAUGUGUCUUAGCAAAGGAAUCGCUCAGUCAUUGAUGUGCCAACUAGUAGCCGGAUGCAUAAAAGGUUUUCCAUGCUAAAGCCACAUGUAUAUUUUUUCAUGGACUUCUCUUAAAGUAUUCUAGAAGGAAGGACGUGUGGAUCGAUACACUUAAAGUUUUUGCAUGAAUCCGUUUUAGAUAUUUAUUACAUUAAAACAUAAUUUAAUUGUAGAUGCCAUAAAUACAUAUAGCUGCAUGUUAGAUGCUUGUUUUACUAAAAUAUCUAAGUUGAAGUGAAAUGAUCCAACUGUUCAUCUCUGUCUCUUUCACGAUCAUCCUCAAGCAAACUUUUUGUUCAGUGGCCUCAACUUUAAACCUUUUUUUCACUUAAGAAAUAAUGACACUUGUUUGUCUUCUGUUGAAAACCUUUUUACAACUGGAGGUCAGAUUGCUCUUGUUGCUUUAUUCCCCAUCCAGCCCCAUCAGCAGCUUUUGAGAAGUCGGUGGUCCCAAGGCCAUUAGACCAAAUAGACAGAAUUUCUUUUUUAAUUGACACUAAAUUGUUAUAAUUAUAUUACUAUGCCUUUUUAAUUGAAUUCACAUACCACUAGUAAAGGGGAACCUGUGUGUAGAAAUGUGCACAAAGUUUUUAGUUCCAGCUUCUAGCAAUUAUAAGAAAACCAGUGCCUUUAAAAAACAAAAGAAGUUACCGGUAAUACUACAAAUCCUGCCAGUGUAGAAUUUAUAUUAAAUGUACAACAAGGAUAUUUUUGAAUAAAACAUAUAAGCUAAUGUCCAAACAAAAACACAACAUAGAAUUUGGUUAAACUAUCUUUAAACUAGAAAUGACCCAUAAAACACAGAUACAGGAGAAAGUGCCAAACAGAUUUGUAUAGAUGGAGCCCAAUAUUUGAACAUUAUAUUAUAAAUUUACUGCACCAUAUUUUCUCAACAGUGAGGAGGCUGUUGCAAAACUACCCUGUGACACAACCUGUGUUUUAGCACUCUGUUGUAACAAGGAUCUUGUUUUUGGGUAAUUUCCUCUUUUGAUUCCACCUAAUGCAACCAAAUAACUGCACACUUUGCUCUUCAGCAUUACUAAAGCUACCAAACCGUACAUGUUUUAUUUAUGCUCUUUUCCCAAACUUAUAGUACCAGGUAUUUUAACAAUUUGAAACAAUAGAGAGCUCUACUGCUUUUUUCUAUGUCAAGUUGAAUAAAAACCUCUUCUAAACAACUAAAUGUCAUUUUAACACAGUCGCGGGAUGGAAAGAAGACCUGAAUGCAUUGAGACUGUAAACAAAAUGAAGACUUGCAGAGGCAGAUGGUAACUGCCUCUGAUAACUAAAAUCCAAACAGGUCACAGAGAAACAAGGAGGAUUUUUAGUCUCACAUUAAAACUGGAAAAUGAGGAAAUAAAAAACGGUGGUUUAUUUGUGAUUGAUUAUGCAGCUUACAGAUCAACAACAACCCCAGAUGCAUCACAUUGAUAUUCUGUAACACUAAAAUUAAUAUAGUGAGACAAAAUGCAUAACUACAGAUCAAAACUGAAAACUCAGAAAUCUACAAACUUGAAUACUUUACUUUUUAAAUUGAUUCUAGAAUUGUGUAGUUUAAGAAUGAACAAAAUAGCUUUUUUUCUCAGAACCUUCAAAAACAAAUGCCUUGAAUGCCUUCUUUCUCCAAAUUCAGGGUAUUCUGACCACUGUGAACUGCAGGAAAGACUCAGUUUAUAACCCCAAAGCUGAACCCCAAAUUUCCAUUUAAUAUUUUACUAUUUCCCUGGUUUGGCAUAGAUUGGAAAACCAUAGAUUAUUGCUAUUUGACACCGAAAAGAAAUGUAAAAAAUGUUUUGCGUUAUUUGCAAAAACUCAGACAUUUGAAAAUAAACUUCUAUUCAUGAAAGUUAGUAAAAAAGUAAAAAAGCUGAGACUGUGUUGCAGGUCAAAAUGAUAAAAUGACCUCGAUCUAGAUAUAACACUGACACACUUGAAGUUUAAUGCCUUUACCAUCACAACUGGUUUCUCCAGAGAGGAAGUUGAAUUUUCUGCGUGUGUGCUGUGUGUUCCCUUAUCAAGGACAGCGCUAAUGUGUGUGCAAACGUCUUUCAGUGUUCUCACCAAAUGUCUUUGCUGUGUAAUUUUUGUCACAGCUUUUGUUGUGUACUCUCUAUUUACUUUGAAUAAAAUGUAUCUGCAAAGUA